CAAUUAGACAAUUUCUCCACUAAGUUAUUGAAAGUGAAGCCCUGAUUCGGACUUAUUUCUUCAGAGUCAGCGACCAGCAAUGGCCGGAUCUACAAACAACUAUCCAGGAAGCGUCAGAGAGCGAUGCGCCGACGAGUGCACCAGGUGCACGGACACAAAUUCAUGUCAACGUACCUGCGGCAGCCAACCUACUGUUCCCACUGCAAGGACUUUAUUUGGGGAGUGUUCAACAGACAAGGAUAUCAGUGUCAAGUCUGCACAUGUGUUGUGCACAAGCGAUGCCACCAGCUAAUUGUCACAGCUUGUCCACGCAUGAAAAAGCACUCCAACGAUGAGGUCACUGCCAAGGGGUUUGGUAUCAACAUACCUCACAAGUUCGAGAGCCACAACUACAAGAAGCCCACAUUCUGUAACCACUGCGGCUCCCUCCUCUGGGGUCUAAUGAAGCAAGGACUGCAAUGCAGAAUAUGUAAAAUGAAUGUACACAUGCGGUGCCAGGGAAAUGUGGCACCCAAUUGUGGCGUGAACAACGUGGAGCUGGCCAACAAGCUGGCAGAGAUGGGUCUGCAGGCAGGAGGGCUGUCCAAACGUCACUCUAUGAGACCCAGUCCUGUUAGAGCGUACAUGGAGACACAAGAGCAGCAGAUCAGCUCGGAGUCCCAGGGGAAGAAACUCGGCAUCUAUGAUUUCACUUUCCUGCAAGUUCUUGGCAAAGGCAGCUUUGGGAAGGUAAUGCUGGCCAGGUUGAAAGACAGUGAACAAGUCUUUGCAGUGAAGGUGCUCAAAAAGGACAUAAUCCUACAAGAUGACGAUGUUGAGUGCACAAUGACAGAAAAACGUGUCUUAUCAAUGGCUGGAGAUCACCCAUACCUCACCCAACUGUUCUGCUGCUUCCAGACUCCAGACCGUCUGUUCUUUGUGAUGGAAUUUGUGAAUGGCGGAGACCUCAUGUUCCACAUCCAGAGAUCACGCAAGUUUGAGGAGAGCCGCGCCUGUUUCUAUACUGCUGAAAUCACUUCAGCACUCAUGUUUUUACAUGCUAAAGGAAUUAUUUACAGGUAA